AUGUCAUCCAGCGAGACUCAGAAGCCUGAGUCUUCUAAGGAUAAUAUAUCAAGCAAUUCGAUCGAUGAAGGUUUGCCGAGGGAACUGAGUCAGUUAAGUCUCUCGAGUGGAUCCAGCCAGGAUGAAUUCUUUUGUGACACAGGACACUCAGGGGCUGCCUUAAAAAAUAUUUUCGGCUAUUACCAAUCUCAGAAAUUGUGCGAUGUCGUCCUCAUUGCAGGUGGAUGCAGAAUACCAGCACAUAAAAUACUGCUUGCAUCAUGCAGUGAGUAUUUUGCAGCCAUGUUCACUGGCUCCUUGCGGGAAGCUCAGUCCAGUGAAAUAACUCUUGAAAGAGUUGAUCCUCAAGCUCUACAGGAUCUAGUGCACUAUUGUUACACUGGCACCAUAGAGCUGAGAGAGGAAACAGUUGAGGUGCUCCUUUCAACGUCGAGCUUGUUGCAGCUUAAUUCUGUUACAAAUGCUUGUUGCGCUUUCUUAAAGAAGCAGCUAGACCCGUGCAACUGUCUGGGUAUAGCCUUGUUUGCUGAACAACAGUCAUGUCUGGAUUUACACAAAAGCGCUUUAAAAUACACUUACCAAAACUUCAUGCAGGUGGUAAAACAUCAAGAGUUCCUAUCGCUGCAGUCAGACCAACUGUCCAGUUUAUUAAAAUCUGAUGACCUCAAUGUAGUUACUGAGGAAAAUGUAUUUGAGAGCUUGAUGACUUGGGUUCAGCAUGAUAGCGCAACCAGAGAAUGCCAUUUGUCCACUUUACUGAAGCUUAUUAAGCUGCCUCUUCUUUCAUCUGAGUACCUUAUUGACAAGGUGGAACAGGCUUGUGGAAAUGUACCAGAAUGCCAGCCCCUCAUCAUGGAGGCUGUCAAGUGGCACCUGUUGCCUGAAAGAAGGUCGCUCCUAUUCUCACACAGAACCCGACCACGGACAUCGACUAUUGGACGGCUUUUGGCUAUCGGCGGCAUGGACGGAUAUAAGGGCGCCAGUAACAUGGAGAUGUACGACCCUCGAACGAACACAUGGACGCCAUUUAUGCGUAUGGGAGCCAGAAGACUGCAAUUUGGUGUUGCAGUCAUGCAAAACAAACUUAUCGUUGUUGGCGGCAGAGAUGGACUUAAAACUUUAAAUACGGUUGAAUGCUUCGAUUUGACGUCUCUGAGCUGGAGUGUGCUGGCACCUAUGAACACCCAUCGGCACGGACUUGGUGUCGCAGUUUUAGGCGAUGGACCUAAUUCUCCUGUCUACGCAGUGGGUGGUCACGAUGGAUGGAUAUAUUUAAAUUCUGUUGAAAGAUGGGACGCGUGUUCCCGAACAUGGACGAUCGUGUCUCCUAUGACGGGGGCGCGUAGUACGUGCGGUGUGGCGGCACUCCGCGGCCGGCUGUACGCAGUGGGCGGUCGGGACGGCGGGGCAUGUCUGCGCUCCGUCGAGUGCUACGACCCAGCCACCAACCACUGGACCAACUGCGCACCUAUGACCAGGCGACGCGGAGGAGUUAGCGUUUGUGCAGCAGGUGGCUACUUAUACGCCCUGGGAGGUCACGAGGCGCCCGCCAACACUGUCGGCGGCCGCCUGGCCUGUGUCGAGCGAUACGACCCUGUAGCAGACACUUGGAUUCUUUUAGCACGCCUCUCUUAUGGCCGAGAUGCUAUUGGCUCUUGUCUACUUGGAGACCGAAUCGUUGCUGUUGGUGGAUAUGACGGAGUCCAAUAUCUGUGCGUGGUAGAGGUAUAUGAUUCUGAGUCCAACUGCUGGCGUAAAUUGGCUCCUCUGAGCACUGGACGAGCUGGCGCCGCCGUGGUUUCCGUACCGCCGCCCAAAAUGUCUUCUGAUAUAACGCCAUCCGCCGGCCGGUGGAUACUGCUAAAUUUGUUCCGAUAUUCUCAAUGUCUGACCCAGAAGAUGAUGAUGACUAUUAAAUACCGUUUACAUUCAAACAAAAUGAUUUCUUAA